UGGAGGUGGCAGUCGUCGCCGGCAGUCGCGGGAGUGGGACGCCGCAGUCUGCGCCCAGCCCGCGGCCCGCAGCAGCAGUCGGAGAUGUGGCGUGCAGGCAGCGCGCUCGGCCUGGCCGCCGUUCUGGUCGUCAGCGGCGCACAGCGGCCGCUCGCCGUGGAGUACGAGAACGCGCAGAGCCCCUGCUACGACUCGCAGGGCCGCAGUCAGCGCUGCCAGCCGGUUUUCAUGAACGCGGCGUUCGGGCGCCGGGUGCGAGCCACCAACACGUGCGGUGUCACCAAGCCCACCAACUUCUGCGGUCUCACCGAUAAAAUCUGCGACGUGUGCAUCGACGGAGACCCGUACAGGCAACACCCGCCCUCAUACCUUACCGACUUUAACAACUUCGAGAAUGAGACCUGGUGGCAGUCGGAGACCAUGAUGGACGACAUCCAGUACCCGAGCGUCGUCAACCUCACACUCGAUCUGGGCAAGGCGUUCGACAUUACCUAUAUUCGGCUCAAAUUCAAGUCUCCUCGGCCGGAGAGUUUCGCCAUCUACAAGAAGUACUCUGCCGACUCGGACUGGGUACCGUACCAGUACUACAGCUCGUCGUGCCGCGACACAUACGGCCUGCCGGACCUGGUGUACCUGCCCGAGGACAGCGAGGACCGCGCGAUCUGCACCAGCGAGUUCUCGGACAUUUCGCCCCUGACGGACGGCUCUGUGGCGUUCGCCACGCUGGAGGGCCGCCCGGGAGCGCUGCAGUUCGACUACAACGUCCAGCUGCAGCACUGGGUCACCGCCACCGCCAUCCGCAUCACCCUCAACCGGCUCAACACGUUCGGAGACGAGGUGUUCCGCGACCCGCGCGUGCUCCAGUCCUACUACUACGCCAUCACAGACUUCGCCGUCGGAGGCACGUGCAAGUGUAACGGUCACGCGUCCAACUGCGUGCCGAGCACCAGCGAGUCGGGUGAGGAGCGCCUGGUGUGUCAGUGCCAGCACAACACGGCGGGCGCCGACUGCCAGCGCUGCCUGCCCUUCUACAACGACGUGCCGUGGCGGCGCGCUACACCGGACGCCGCCAGCGAGUGCCAGGCGUGCAACUGCAACGGUUAUUCGAACCGGUGCUUCUUCGACCAGGAGCUGUAUGACAAGACGGGGCACGGCGGUCACUGCACCGACUGUAUCGCCAACAGAGCCGGAGUCAACUGCGAGCGAUGCCAGGAGAACCACUACGAGCGCGAGGAUGGCUACUGCAUUCCAUGCGACUGCCACCCUGAAGGAUCACGGAGUCUGCAGUGCAACAUCAACGGAAAGUGUUCGUGCAAACCGGGCGUCGGAGGCGAGAAGUGUGACCGGUGCGAGGCCAACUUUUUCGACUUCUCGAGCCAGGGCUGCAGGCCGUGCAAUUGCCACGUGGCCGGGUCGCUGGCCAAUCAGCCCUCCUGCGACCCGGACACGGGCGUGUGCAGCUGCAAGGCAAACGUCGAGGGACAGACGUGCGACCGCUGCAAGCCGGGCUUCUUCUCGAUCGACGAGCAGAACCAGUUCGGCUGCACGCCCUGCUUCUGCUUCGGACACAGCUCCAUCUGCGACGCCGCCACCGGCUACUCGGAAGUGGUGCCGCAGUCGGAGUUUGUCCGCUCGGACGAGGGCUGGACGGCCGUGUCGUACUCUGGCCAGCCGGUGUCCCACGCGUACCGUCCGCUGGUGCAGGUGAUUGCCGUCAGCUCGCCCAGCCAGGAGGCCGUCUACUUUAGUGCGCCAGACCGGUUCCUGGGCGACCAGCGCUCCAGCUACAACCAAGAGAUGCUGUUCACCCUGCGGAUCGGCGAGCCGGGCCCGGCCGCCUCGGUGGCCGACGUGCUGCUGCAGGGCGCCGGCAUGGAGGUCUCUCAGCCCAUCUUCGGGCAGGGGAACGCAAUGCCGACCCUGCAGAACCAGGAGUUCACCUUCCGGUUGCACGAGCACGCCGAUUUUGGCUGGAGCCCGCGGCUGCGGGCGCGAGACUUUAUUGCGUUGCUGAGUAACCUGACUGCCAUCAAGAUCCGCGCCACCUACACCCCGGAAGGUGUGGGCUUCUUGGAGUCGUUUUCGCUGGUGUCGGCUCGGAGAGGGAUCCGUGGCAAGGAGGCCACUUGGGUGGAGACGUGCACCUGCCCGCCAGGCUACGUGGGCCAGUUCUGCGAGUCGUGCGAGCCCGGGUUCCGGCACGAGCCGGCCAACGGCGGCGCCUUCGCGCGCUGCGUGCCCUGCGACUGUAACGGCCACGCGGACAUCUGCGACGCCGAGAGUGGCAAGUGCAUCUGCCGUGACAACACUGCCGGUGACAACUGUGAACUGUGCGCGCGCGGCUUCUACGGUAACGCGCUGGGCGGCACGGCCGACGACUGCCAGCCGUGCCCGUGCCCCGGCCAGGGCGCCUGCAUCGAGCUCUACGAAGGCGAGGUGGCGUGCCUCGAGUGUCCGACUGGAUACGCCGGUCACAAGUGCGACAUCUGCAUUGACGGCUGGUUCGGUGAGCCGGCCAGCGACAGGCCGUGCCGGGAGUGCGACUGUAACGGCAACGUCGACCCGAACGCAGUGGGCAACUGCGACCGGGUCACCGGCCGGUGCCUCAAGUGCAUCCACGACACGGCCGGCUUCAGCUGCGACCGCUGCCUGCCCGGCUACUUUGGCGACCCGCUGGCGCUGCCCAGGGGCGACUGUCGCACGUGCGGCUGCAACCCGGUGGGCACGCUGCAGCUGGAGGGCCAGCCGGACGGGGCGCACCUGUGCGACCAGCUGACCGGACAGUGCUCCUGCAAGCCGUUCGUGGCCGGCGACAAGUGUGAGCGCUGCGUCAGCGGAUACUGGAACAUCCUCAGCGGAGAGGGGUGCGAGGAGUGCGGCUGCGACCCGAUCGGCGCCUUCAACGCCAGCUGCGACAUCGCCUCUGGCCAGUGCUUCUGCCGCGAGGGCGUCGUCGGCCGGCGCUGCGACCAGUGCGACGUCAACAUGUUCGGCUUCUCGAGCAGUGGCUGCCAGCAGUGCCGCUGCGACCCGGUCGGCUCGCUGGAGCUGCAGUGCGACGCGAGCGGACAGUGCCCGUGCCGGGAGAAUGUCGAAGGAGCUCGGUGUGACCGCUGCAAGGAGAACAAGUACGACCGGCAGGCCGGCUGUCGUGACUGUCCGCCGUGCUACACGCUGGUGCAGGAGGCGGUGGACGCGCACCGCGCCAAGCUGGAGCAGCUGUCGGCUCUGAUCCGCAACGUCACCGACAGUCCGUCGCUGCCCGAUGACCGCCAGUUCGAGGAGCGCCUGCAGGAGGUGGUGCUCGCCACGCGCCAGCUCCUCGAGUCGGCGCAGACGGCCACCAGCGGCGAGCGUAGCCCGCUGCAGCUCCUCGGCGACCUGCAGGUGCGACUGGACGAGGUUCGCGAGCUGGCCGGCCAGAUCGUCACUCACACGGAGCAGGCGCGCCUCGUGGCCGGCCAGGGCGAGCGCAACGUCUCCGACGUCGAGCAGCUGCUCGACCGGCUCGACAAGACCGUCAAAGAGACGCUCGAGUUCCUGGAGCGCGACGGCGCGGAUGCGCUCAGCCGCGCCGUCGAGCAGUCCAAACAGUUCGGCAUACAGAGCGGGCGCAUGUCUGAGAUCGCGCGCGAGGCGCGCCGCCUGGCCGACCAGCACGAGGCACAGGCAGCCAACGUCUCGGCCACGGCCGUCAGCGCCGUGAACAACGCCACGGACGCCUACGAGAUGGCGCGCCAGGCGGUGGGCCAGCAGCGCAACUUCAGCAACGAGAUGCAGCUGCUGGAGACCAGCCUGGGCUCGCUGGAGCAGCUGGUGACGCAGACGCGCCAGCAGGCGGCCGAGGCGCGCCGGGACGCCGGCGACGCGGCCGACUCGGCCAUCAGUGUCUACACGGAGGCCAAGGCGGCCGUGCCGGACGUGGACGUGGACGGCCUCAAACGGCGCGCCGACGAGCUGCGUGCCCAGACGCAGCGGCUCAGCACUGACCUGGAGGCGCUGACGGCCGAGCACGGGCCGCUGCUGGGCCAGCUGGAGGCGGACGUCAGCUCGGUGUCCGAGCUGCUGGCGCGCGGUCUGGUGCAGCAGCAGCAGGCCGACGAACUGAUGGCCGCCGUGGACGCCGCGCGCGACAAGGCGGUGAAGGCGGUGACGGCCGGCGAACAGACCCUGGAGGACGCUCGCGGUACGCUGGAGACCCUGCAGGGCUUCGACCGGUCUGUGCAGGAGUCGCGCCAGCUGGCCGCCGCCGCCCUGCAGCAGGUGGCUGACAUCGCCGACCAGAUCGGGCAGGCCGAGCGCCAGACGGCCGACGCGCGCGCCGCGCUGCAGGGCGCCGAGACCAACGCCGAUGACGCGCGCGACAUCGCCGCCGCCGCUGAGACGAUGGCCGAGCAGGCGCAGAGCGAGGCCACCGCCAUCCAGGCCGAGUCGGCCGCGACCAAGGGCCGCGCGGCGGCGCUGCGCCAGGAGGCCGCCGACCAGGCGGUGCGCCUGGACGACACGGCCGCCGACGUGGAGCUCUACGAGCGCCAGCUGGAGCAGGACACCCGGGAGGCGCGCGACGCCCGCCAGAAGGCCAACGAGGCCAGCUCGGCGGCGCAGCGCGCCUCCGAGCGGGUGCACAAGGCGCUGGAGGAGGUGCGUCUGAUCGAGGUGGCGCUGCGCGAGGCGGCCGGCACCAGUAUCGCCGCCGCCGACCUGGACCUGCUGGAGCGCCGCCUGGAGCAGGCCGAGAGCGCCAUGGCCGCCGAGCAGCUGCCCAGCAGGAUUGACGCGCUGCGCACCAACCGCACCGAGCAGCAGCGCAUGGUGGACGACUACGAGCAGCAGUUGGAGGAGCUGAGGGCGGAGGUGGCCAAUAUUCAGGACAUGGCCGACUCGCUGCCUACAGAGUGCUACGCCCGCGUCAAGCUGGAGCCGUGAGUGGCGGCCAGUGGGCGUCCCGGCGCACCCACCGUGCGCCCGCUACUACCCCAGUGCCAAACGACAGAGCCGACCGUCUGACGAGCUUGCUGGUGUGGAGCGCGGCCGGCGCCGGCACCCGGUGGACAGACCGCCGCCGCCGCCGACCGGCUGGGACCUCAGUGGCCGGGGCGGCCGGCCGGCUGGGACCUCAGUGGCCGGGCCGGCCGGCCGGCUGGGACCUCAGUGGCCGGGGCGGCCGGCCGGCCGACCGGCCGCUGCCACCAUGGUGCUAUUUUAAGUAUUAGCCUGUGUUUUUUUUCUACUCGGUGCGCGCGCGCGCGUGAAUGACGCUGCUAGUGUUGUAGCUCGGGACGCUGCGUGUGGGAGUGCCGAGCCCGCGUGCCUGAUGAUCUGUACACGAUAUGCAUGCCACGAAACCGCGGCCGAGAGCGAUGUAAUACAUGUAGAGCCUCGGU